CGAACUUUAAUUUUUGCCUUGCGCGACUUCGCGUGGGUCAAAAGCACUUUACGCGUAUCCACCACCCCACGCGUGCCUGGAUCCCUCUCCAGUUCACCAAUUAAUUACCUUUCACAGCAACCAGGCUGAGAGACCUUGCUUUCUUCGCUCCAGCCUUUCAGAGAGGGCAUAUCCAACAAUAGAUUCCUUUGCCUUCUUGCGGAAACCACAAUAACUUUCUUCCACAUUGCAUCAAUCAAUCACAUCUUCGCUCUUUGUUCUUUCUUUCGCCUUGCCCUCAUUCGUCGCCAACCCCGACCACAUUCGUUCUUCGCAUCAUCCAAAUCCGGCGCAUACCUUGGGAAGUGCUUGACUGAAAGCGGCAACCAUACACACAUCGGAGAUAGGAUAGGAGAGCUCAUUAGGACCGGCGCCGUCGGUCAUGGACUCACAAGUGACCCCAGGGUCUGCAACUCCUUUAUUUCGCAGAAGCACAGCAUCGAGCCUCCUGGCCAAGUUCUCACCGAGUCAUACCCAACACAAGAUGAUCGCAAGUCCAAGCACACCAAGGCACUCCGUGCGCCCAAAUCUUCCUGCUUCACCAGCAGUAUCCAGUGGCUCGAAUGGCUCCCAGCGACCUGAGCUGCCUUCCGCCGGCCAGCCAGAGCCAGUUGUCAUAGAUCUUCUUGACGACGGGGUUAUCAACCUGGAUAAUGAUGAAAUCAUCCAAUAUACCCCAAAGACGCAGAGGCGCAGGCCAUUACGAGCGACAACAUCGGUACCCAGACAAACGAAGGCGCACAAGAAUGCCGUUGUCGACGUAAACGAUGAAAAUGCCAACAAAUUGGCCUUCAAACCCCCCGUUACCGAUCGAGUUGCUGUUCGACAGGAAAUCGAGAACACUACCGCCGCAAAACGACGACGCUUCUUCAUCGAGAAGAAAGACUACUUCCUGCCUUUGCUCCCGACCGAACACAAUUAUAUCAAGAAACUGGUGGAUAUGGAGAAAGAAUCUACGGCAGAGGAGCGCGCCAAGAAGGGUGGCAGCAUUGCUUACGAAGAGCUCAAAGUCCAACCUCGUGGUGUAAAGGCAACCAUGAAGUCAUACCAGCUUUCAGGACUCUCGUUUUUGGUAUAUCUGCACCGUAACGGCUUGUCUGGCAUUCUCGGAGAUGAGAUGGGUCUUGGUAAGACUCUCCAAACCUUGUCGUUGAUCCAGUACCUCAAGGAGAACGAACCCAAAAGAGGCCAAAUUCGACCGUUCCUUGUGAUCUGCCCAUUAUCUGUUCUUAGCAGCUGGAUGGCCGAAUCGCGAAAAUGGACCCCUGGGUUGAAAGUUGUCCGCUUUCACGGCCCUGCCAAGGAACGUGAUCGCAUCAAGAAGAUCGCCUCUGGAGAGAUAGACUUUUACGGCAAUUUAACUACGAGGCAAAAGAACAAGCUGAAAGGUCGGCGUACUGCGUCUGGGAAGCCAAUAAUCGAUAUCGACUCAGCUUCUGACCACGAGGAAGAACCUGGGGUCGACGUUGUGGUGGCAACUUACGAAUCAUAUCAGAAGGAACAGGGCUGGUUCAAACGGGCUUUCGUAUGGAGAUAUGUUGUUCUGGAUGAAGGACACAAAAUCAAGAACGACCUCAGUCUCAUUUCUAAAGCCCUACAAGGUUUGCAAGCAGAAUAUCGAUUGAUCCUAACGGGUACGCCGGUCCAGAACAACCUCGCGGAGUUGUGGGCGCUCCUUCAUUGGCUGUACCCGGAGGUUUUCAUAGCCAAGACGAGCGAACUAUUCGCGGAAUCGUUCAAUCUAUCCAAGGGGCAAGUAAAGAAUGAUGUCCUUGACGCCUCCCGGACUCUACUGGAGUUGAUAAUGCUUCGCCGUAUGAAAGCUUCGAACGGCGUCAAUCUGAACCUACCACCCAAGACCGAAGUGGUUCUAUUCGUACCCUUGAGCCCAAUGCAGCGAUUCUGGUACACUAGACUCAUCACGCGGGCCGACAAAGGUCUUCUUGACGACCUUUUCAAGGAUGCUAAAGGCAAAGAACAAGCAGCUAUGAAAGAUGACGGCGGAGCAGCUAAUAUCCUCACGGCAGAGCAAGAUGCCGCGUUGAAGACCCUCGAGGAUGAUAUGCUUGUGGGCAGCGACGAAUGGAAGGAAAGUCGGGCAAUUCUCCAGGAAACACUGCGGAAAGAAGAGGCUGAAGGUGCCGACAGCAAAGACAAUAGCUCUUCAUGGCGCAAGUUGAUGAACCUGUUGAUGCAGCUCCGCAAGGUCUGCAACCAUCCGUAUCAAAUCCAAAAUGCCGAGCCAGCAGAUAGCGUACCAGGGGAUCACCUUAUUCUCGCCUCUGGAAAGUUUAUCGUGUUGGAGAAGUUGGUCAAGGAAUUGGUUAUCAAGCAAAAGAAGAAGAUCCUGAUAUUUUCUGGCUUUACUAGGAUGUUGGAUCUUGUCGAGGACUUCCUGGCAAUCCGCGGUGGAAAUGGAUCCGAAUUCCGAGUUGCACGACUUGAUGGGAGUACCAGCAGAGCUCGCCGAAACCUCGCCAUCCGCCUGUUCAAUGACCUGGCUUCGGAAAGCCGUGUGAUGUUGAUCUCAACUCGGGCUGGUGGUCUGGGCAUUAACCUGACGUCCGCGACCGAAGUUAUCUUCCUAGAUCAGGAUUGGAACCCGCAAAUCACAGUGCAGGCCGAAGCACGCGCCCAUCGAAUUGGUCAGACGAAACCUGUAACGAUAUAUAAACUUGUCAGCCAAGGAACUGUUGAAGAACAAAUGUUGGGUCGGAUCCAGAAGAAGCUGUAUUUGUCGGCAAAGGUCACGGAGUCCUUGCAGGAUAUCCACACGAAAGCAGGCAAGUCCAAAAAGGGACCCGGAGGUCGCGUCACUGAGAAUGUGGAGGAUGAGAUGCCUCAGCUCAGCACAGGCCAGUUGAUGUCUCUUGUUCGACGAGGAACUUCAGCUAUUUCACGUCCUGAAAUUGAUGUCAAUGAAAUGAUGAGCUGGGAUUGGGCGACGACUGUUGAAAAGUGUAAAGAUCAGCCUGCCGACAUCAAUGUGAAGAAGGACACGCUCCCAGAUUCCAAGGUUGAUGAAGAGGAGGAGGCGAGGUGGCUGGGCGAGAUGGAGAGAGUCGAAGCCCACGUCUUCGAGGGCAAGAAGCUAGCGAGAGCGGCUGGCAAUGGCAAAGCGACCUCGAGCUACCGCGAUAUUGCAGAUGAGUUCAACCGCGCGGAUCGUCGCAUUGGCAAGAAUACCACGGUCAUGGUCGACGGAUUUGCGAUCAGCAAGGAGUCGAUGAACUGCAAAGAUUGGGAAGCCGUCCCCACCUACUCUGGCAAGGACGUCCGCCUCGCGGAGCCCAAACGCCCAAAGAAGGCGCCGAUUACAGCCCAGUCGCACUGUCAAGUCUGCCUGGACGGCGGUAACCUCAGCCUGUGCAACAUCUGCCCCCGUGCAUUCCACUUCAACUGCCUCAACCGCGAAUUCCAAUCAAAGACUAAGGGAUGGCAGUUCAACUGUCCCCAACACCAGUGUGCAGACUGCGACCAAAAGACCACCGACGCAGGCGGCAUGCUCUACCGCUGCCGCUGGUGCGAACGCGCCUUCUGCGAGGACUGCCUCGACUUCGAGAAGACGUCUCUGAUCGGCGACAACACGAAGGAGUACGAGCUGCUGGGCUACUUUGAGCAGCCAAACGCCUUCUACGUCCAAUGCCACAAGUGCACAGAGCACUUCGCUGAGUCGCCCGAGGACAUGCGCAUUGUGGAGGCGCUGGCGGCGGAUAUCGAUCGCGACUACCAGCGUGCGGUUGAUGCGGCGGCCCUGGUGGAUAGACUGAAGGCUGAAGAGAAGGCGGUGGCUAGCCCGGCGAGUCGUGCGGGUAGCUUGAGUGAUGGGACGACGAUUGAGACUCCUGGGAUUGCGACGCCAGUUACCAUAGACGUCGAUGACGAACCUGCCGUGACGGCUACGGGGAGGUCGAAGCGCAAGUCCGCUAUGUCGACGCCGGUUAGGAUGGAGUACGAGGACGCUGUCCUGACGGGGACGGGAAGGUCGAAGCGCAAGGCUGCUAUUGCGGCUGUGGGCUCGAUCAAGAGAUUGAGGAUCGAGGAGUGAGGGCUGCGGCCUUGAAUAUUUCGGGAUGGAGUAUGGACAUAUGCACUGUUAUGGGGUGGGCUACGGCGUUUAUUGAGGAGAGGAAGGUGUAUGUGAGAUGGGGACUGGAGCGUUUGCAUUUGUUUUCUUUUCUAUGAUAUCCGACUACGGUUAUGGUCACGUCUGUUAUGGGUUAGGGAGUGCAUUUCUAUAGUAUAUGGGGUGGCUUUUUGUGUGGCGUUACUGUCUGUCUUCGCAUGGAGAUGUGGGAGGGCAGCGUCUGGCUUUAGAGAGGGGCUCGAGGGGGUGGUUAUACUGUCUGGCGUUGGAGAUGUUUUCAUUGCUGUGCCUUCUAUUGAUAUAGAAAGGGCGGCGUCGUCUGGGUGUAGAGAAGGGAUCGUGGAGGACUGGUCCAGCGCAAACUAGAGCGUGGCUGUGGCCACCUUCGUGUAUAAUAGACGGGGCGAAACUUGUAAUAUGAGAUUCGGAAGAUAGGACAAUAGAGAAGAG